AUGGGGCUCACUCGUUUCUUCUUCACAACCUCUUUGAUUCUCUUCUCAUUGCUGAUCCUUGCUUCCGCAAAUGAUUAUGGCUAUGACGGCAACCCUGAGGGUGACGAGCCAAAGUCUCAGGAAUAUAACUAUGAGCCGAAAUCUGAAGACAAAUACAAGAUGGAGUAUAGUUAUAGUUCUAAAUCAUUCCAUAAGGAGAAGUCAAAGGCGGAGAAUGACUUCAAAGAUAAGGUGGAUCACUCCUCGAAGCCUGUGGAUAAUUAUUCUAAAGAAAAUGGUUAUGGUUACAAAUCAUAUAUCGACAAGGCUAAGGAAAAUGUCUACGGCUCCAAAUCAGAAGUUUACAAGCCCCAACACAAAGAUAACAACUAUGAACCAGAGUCUGAAGUUCAAAAGCCACAAUAUGAAGAAAAGGAUUAUGCACCGAAUUCUGAAGCUUACAAGCCACAACCUGAAGACAACAGCUAUGCACCCGAGUCUGAAGCUUACAAGCCACAGCCUGAAGACGACGCCUAUGAACCCAAGCCUGAAGCUUACAAGCCACAACCGGAAGACAAUAACUAUGCACCCAAGUCUGAAGUUUACAAGCCACAACCCGAAUACAAUAACUAUGCACCCAAGUCUGAAGCUUACGAGCAACCCGAAUACAAUAGCUAUGCACCCAAGUCUGAAGCUUACGAGCCACAAUCUAAAGAUAACAACUAUGCACUCAAGCCAAAAGCUAAAAAUAACGGCUAUGCAUCCAAACCGGAAGCUGACAAGCGACAAUCUGAAGAUAACAACUAUGAUCCCAAGCCUGAAGCUUACAAGUCACAACCCAAAGAUAACGACUAUGCACCCAAGCCUGAAGCUGAUAAGCCACAACCCAAAGAUGAUGAGUAUGCUCCCAAGCCUGAAGCUUACAAAUCACAAUCCAAAGAUAACGACUAUGCUCCCAAACCAGAAGGUAAUGGUUUUGGCCGUAAAUUGGACACUUUUAAAUCAAAACCAGUUGAAUAUCAUGAUUAUGACUCAAAAUCAGAUCAUGAUAAAUCGAAGUCUGAAGAGAAAGACAAGUCAAAUGGUUAUUAA